ACUAGUGGCGCUCGCGCCGCGGACCCAGAAAGGGGCGUUCCGCGGAGGAGAAGAGGAAGAGGAAGUUGGGGGAGGGUCCUAGCGGGGAGUGAACCGGAAGUGUAAAGGUUCCUGCCUCUCCUCGGCCAGGCGGAACCUGCUCUGCUGGGCCCGGUGGCCGCAAAAGAACUUUCUUUCUCCCGCCCCAACGGUCGCCGCGGCCAUCUGCCUCGCCCGCCUGGCAGCCUAACCGGCCUUCUCUUCUUCUCCUCUCCGGCUUCGCGCGGCCCUGCCUCCCUCUCGCCCGGCGGCGUCCGCUUGCUGCUGCCACCGCCUCCUCAUCUUCUGCCCGGCCAACCGGCCUGCCCCGCUGCAGUGAUGUGCGACAAGGAGUUCAUGUGGGCCCUGAAAAACGGAGACUUGGAUGAGGUGAAAGACUAUGUGGCGAAGGGAGAAGAUGUCAACCGGACACUAGAAGGUGGAAGGAAGCCUCUUCAUUAUGCAGCAGAUUGUGGGCAGCUUGAAAUCCUGGAAUUUCUGCUGCUGAAAGGAGCAGAUAUUAAUGCUCCAGAUAAACAUCAUAUUACUCCUCUUCUGUCUGCUGUCUAUGAGGGUCAUGUUUCCUGUGUGAAAUUGCUUCUGUCAAAGGGUGCUGAUAAAACUGUGAAAGGCCCAGAUGGACUGACCGCCUUUGAAGCCACUGACAACCAGGCAAUCAAAGCUCUUCUCCAGUGAUGGAUGGAUGGACUGAUAACUUGGGAAGAAUGACUCUCCUGUGGCCUCACACUGCUGCCUGUCUGUCUGUCACUCUCUAUCUGCCAGCUUCUUCAGCUAAAUACUUUAAGAGGGGUGAGGGGAGAGAUAAAUUCAUAACAAAUCAGACUACCGGAAAAAAAAAAAAAAGUGUUUUGGAGGAGGGGCAAAAAGAACCAUGAUCAGGCUUUUACUGGGAUUCCUGAUCAAGUAAGCCUCUUCCCUUUCUAAUACACCUUAUACCCAAGGGAGAGCAAAGACAAAAUACACCAGUAUCAUUUGACCUUUUCAGCUCCCUAGCUAAUUUAUUAAUUGAUUGUGUUGAAGGUCUGAUUCUACAAAGGCCAACUCGACAUAUUUGGUAGCCCUAACUGUGUGAGCAGUAGUGGCUGCUGUGAUGUAAACUUAGGGUGCUGAGAUAAGCAAUUAGCUCUAGCCUUCUGCCUUAAGAAUGCAUUCUACUGGGGAUUUCCUGGCAUAGUUAAGAGCGCUGCCUAUAAGGUUGGUGACCAAAUCUUUCCUCAGUGACUUUAAGCUUUAUGUGAAAGCUUAGUUAAGGUGAGGAGGGGCACACUCCUAAAUUGCUGGAUGACUGAACUUUGGAUUUUCUCUCCCCUUUCACAUGGAUUUCAUGUCUCUUUAGAUAAAACUGACUAGUUUUAUUUAUAAAAUCUUAAGUUUUGGAAGUCUAAAGGAGAAACCAUUCCAGUAUGCAUAUUUUUUUCUCCUCUAGAUUCAUACAUUUAUAUAGCAUUGAAACACUUUCAAACUCCUGCUGGUAGUAAAAGGGGAUUUAAAAAUAGAAUCAUAGCCAUAAGCCUGUUAGUAUCAUAUAAAGAGAGAACAGUUAUCUUAGUACCUAUGGAUUUUCUUUAUUUGCUGUUUGAAUGGAUUGACCUUGGUUAUGUGUGGAAAAUUAAGGAACAUUCUUUGGAAUGCCUCUCUCAGACCCAUCUUGGAUGCUGAUUACUUAUUGCACCAAAGCUAUCACUGGGGUGAGAUUUACUGUUUGGACAAAUUUAGCCCCAUCCCUUCAAAAAUACACUUGUAACCAGGUUUCCCAGAGUUGUUGAUAGGCUUCUGCUGAACAUAUGCCAACCCACCUGCAUAAUAUAUUUUUGUUGCUUUUAUAAAUCAUGCAUCGCAUAAAGUGUGACAACUUCAGAAUGUAUUCUCUGUUCUUAGAAUACAGUGCCCUAAAAUGGUGUUCUUAUGACCUGCAGAAAAUAUUUACACAUAUUUCCAAAUAUUUAUUUCAUGAGCAGUACAGCUAAUUAAAAUAUAUAAGCUUAAAUUUUAUAUCUUGCAUUUAAAAUGUUAAGAUUCCUUUGACUUGCCAUCCAUAUAACCUUACUAAAAAUAUUAAGAGUUUUUUCUUAGCCAAGUCAUGCAAUAAUUGAAUGUACCUCAAAUUUUUAGAGAGGGGAGGGGGUGGGUUAGGGACUGAUACUCAGAUUGUGGGUAAUAAUUGAAUUGGUUUUUAAAGGCAACGUAGCAUUCUACAGCAGGGUUAAACUAUUACCAAGAACAGUCACCCUGGUUAAUAACAAGUUUUACUGAUCAGUUGCUGAUUGGUUGGUUGGCGUGUGGGCGUGUGGGUCUGUAGGUGUGUGUGGGUAUGGGUGUGUGUGUGUAUCUUUCCCCAUGAGCCCUUUUUUUAAUCCUGUGGCUUUUUCACUUACAACUAGCCUAACCCUGUAAUUUUCCUAUAUCCAAGAACACAAUCACAAAGUAGUGGUUUCAAUACUUUGUUGUAUUUGGCUAAUUUUGCUGUCUUAAUGCAGCCUAUUAAGAGUUGGGUUAAAAAUCAGUAAUCAGUACUUCAUUACAUCACUGAACUAAAAUAUGGAGACAUCCUUAUUGAAAAGGGAGGGCACUCUAUCAGUCUGUAACUAUCAACGUAGUGCAACAGGGUGUUUUGAUACCUUUGUUUUCACCUCUUGACAUAAUGCUAUUUAAAGGCUUGAAUUUUUUCCCUUUACAUAAUUUUCACCUUUACUUUCGAAGUGUUUUGUUGUAGUUGGCUAUUGCAGAGAGUGCAUUGUCCUAUCAUUCCUAAACCUGGUCUGCUUUCUACAUUCAUGGUAUGGAAACCAUGUAAUUCUUUGUACAGUUUAUCCUGAUGUUCCUUGUAAUGCAGUAGAGGCUAUUUCGCCUUCCCUCUUCUUUCUCAACCUUUUUGUAAACCCCAUAAUUAUGAAGCUAUUGCUUGAGAAAAUAACAUAUAAACAUAGAAUAGAAUAGACUGACCAAGAUGGUUCACAGUUUCUUUUUUUAACUAGGUUAUUUAUAAUGUAUUUCUGAACCACUUGGCAGACAAAUUCACAACACUUAAUGUUCAUAUUUUGAGUAAAGGAAGCUAAAACCAUGUUUGCUUUCUGGUACUACAUGCAUUAGCAAAAGGUUAAGUUUUGUUCUCCACUGAAGUAAUACUUAACAUCUCAGAAAGAAUCUUGCAUGUUCUGUAGUUUUGUAUUAAAUCAGUCAUUUCAUAUGCACUAUAUCAAGUACAAACAGGUAGUUUACCUGUUUAUAGUAGUGUACUAACAAAGUCUCCCUUGCAGCUUCAGACUGGUAUCUAUAGGCUUAUCGUUCAAAUACAGCACUUGAAUAUCCCAAGUAGUUCUUCUACGCAUAGCUCACCUUUCUAAACCCAGUUAAGCAUGGAAGAGAGGUAGUAGGUAGGUGCAGUGUGUGGAAGCUGCAGACAAGUAGGCCUUUUAUUCAUUGAUUUCUUUUCCCAAGUACUGGAUUUUAAAUCUAUAUGUAUCUAUUUGAUUUUUUUCCUAAUAUUUCAAUUGAGCUGCUGUUUUCUUCCAUGCAAUAUUGUAUACUCAAUUGUGUAUAGAAGAAGCUGGUGAGAGUGCCCUCCUACAUAAAUAAGCAAUUGCAGUGUUUUGCAUGCAAAAUAUAAAAAAUUUAAAUUGUCCUGAUUCUAUUUUGUAAAUGGAGAAACAAUCAUAUCUUUCUAAGCAGUAAUGGAGGAAGACUAGUGCUUUGUGCAUUUUGAUAUAUUUGAGUUCAUUUUUUCCACAAUGUCAUACUUUUGACACAAUUGGGUUUCUCAUAAGUAUCCUAGUUCAUGUACAUCCGAAUGCUAAAUAAUACUGUGUUUAAGUUUUGUGUUGCAAGAACAAAUGGAAUAAACUUGAAUUGUGCUACA